AUUUGGUCGGACGGGUGUUUACAAGGCCUUUAUGUUUGGAAGUCCAAGCAUCAUCGUUACUUUGCCUGAAACAUGCAGACAAAUCUUAAUGGAUGACAAAAGAUUCAAAAAUGGCUGGCCUAAAGUCACCCAUCAAUUGCUUGGGAGAAGAUCAUUUGUGGGCCUUUCAGAUCAGGAACACAAGCGCCUGCGCAAGCUAACUGCAGCACCAAUCAAUGGACACCAAGCUCUAACCAUGUACCAUGAAUAUAUCAAGAAUGCCAUAACAACUUCUUUGGAUGAAUGGGCUAGCAGAGAGGAGCCAAUUGAGUUCUUAACUGAGAUAAGGAAGAUCACAUUUAAAAUAUUUGAAGUGAGGCUUAAGG